AUGGCAGCAGCACCUCCUCUUGCACCUCGUCCUCCUCAGUUGACAUUGGACGAGAUUCUCAACUCCAAGGUCAACUAUGCUGUUGAAGACGAUCCUCUCGAGGUUUGGGACAAGGGCGUCUUCCUAAACGAGCUUCUCAGACAGGGUAUCGUCCUCAGCACUGACAAGACUGGCGCCCUCGAUGGCAAGCUUGUUGCGCGCAAGGGUCUUCAGACUGGCACCUAUAUGGGUACCCGAUUAGCCUUGACUGAGUUGUACAAGAUUCUCGAAGAAGCGGCCGCCUCUCAUUUUGACACUCAAGGAUAUGAGCCCAUCUUCCCCGUCAAGCGUGAUCUCGCUGUCAAGCAGGACAUUUACCAAUGGAGCGACCCUAGCGAUGCCUACCCUCCCCAUUUGAACACUCUUCCCAAGGAAGAGCAACAAAGUGCAGAUGGAGGCCCCAGAAAAGACGGCGUCGGACAGAUCUUUAACCAGACCGAGGUUGGCUUUGUCCAAAAGCUUGCUUUCAUGUUCUCCUUCAUCAUCCCCAAGGAACUCUCAUCAACCGAUGGUCCCUACGUCGGCCCAACUCUUGCCGACGUUGAGAAGUGGAGCAAGGACAAUCAGCCAGAUAAAGAAACAGCCGAUGGCCAGGGUGCAAAUUCCAAUGGUGCUGUUGUCAAUGGCGUCAAGCAAAGCCAGAACGCAGACAUCAUGAAGGGCAGAAACAUGGGUGAACACGAUGAUUGGUACUCUGAUGCCAAGUUUGCGCAGCAGCACUUUAGCGGUGUUAACCCAUCGACCAUCGAGACUGCUCCUGCUGAGAAGAUCAAGGCUUACAUUGCCGAGGCAGAGAAGCAAGGCCUUGACGCGGUGAAGAAGUUGCUCGAGGAAGGCAAAGAUCUUUUGAUCCAGGAUUAUUCCUACUUCCGUGAAGCCACUGGCGUCAAGGACGACGAAGAGUUCAAAAACACCAUUCCGAACCCUGAUCCCAACGGACAACCCAGCUAUCGGUACGCUGCCGCCUCGGUCGUUGUCUUCCAGCUUCACGAGGACGGCCGCCUUCACCCGCUGGCCAUCACCCUUGACUACAAGGGCUCUCUCGACAACUCCGUCACCAUCUUCAACCAGAGAUUGAACCCUGAUGACAAGGGCAAAGUCGCUGAGAAGGACGACUGGCCUUGGAGAUACGCCAAGACCGUUGCCCAAACAGCGGACUGGGCACGACACGAGGUCGCUACUCACCUUGUCGAUACACACAUGGUCGAGGAGGCUAUUAUCGUCGCCACCAACCGAACCAUUCCCGAGCGUCACAUUCUCUACGAGAUCCUCAGUCCGCAUUGGUUCCGAACCCUUGCUCUCAACGACGCGGCGCGCAAGCUUCUGGUCCCUCUCGUCAUUGCUCGCAUCUCCGGUUUCGCCUCUGGGGCCAAGCGUGAUCCUAAGGUCGGUGCUUUUGGACUGGUAAACUGGUCGUACGAGAAUUUCAACUUUCAGGAUAAGUACAUUCCCAAUGAUCUCAAGAAACGAGGCUUUGACAUCGAGGGGGAGAAGGGUGAUAAGUACCGCAAUUAUCCUUAUGCUACUGAUAUGUAUCUCCUCUGGGGUAUUAUCAGGGAGUUUGUCAAGUCUGUUCUUGAGACGAAGUAUACGUCGGAUGAUGUCGUGGCCAAGGAAGCUUGUAUCGCCGACUGGUGCAAGGAGAUUCAGACCAGUGGCCGGAUUCCUUCUUUCCCUACCAUCACCACAGUCGAUCAGCUCAUCGACGCCGUCACCAUGUGCAUCCACACUGCAUCACCCCAGCACACAGCUGUCAACUACCUCCAGGACUACUACUACAGCUUCGUCCCCUCCAAGCCCCCCGCGCUCUGUACUCCCCUGCCCAAGACCCUCAGCGAUCUUCAGGGCUAUAAGGAGCAACAUCUCACCGAUGCUCUCCCCAUCGGUCUCAAGGACGCCAAGUGGAAGGACUGGCUCCUCGCUGCGCAGUUGCCCGAGCUGUUGAGCUUCAAGGUUGAGGACCGAUACAACCUCAUCACCUACGCCAAGUCGUUGUACAACGUGAACAAGGACCGCACCAUCACUGAGAACAAGGAGUUGAACUCGGAAGCUAUCAAGGACGCGGCUGAGGUUUUCUACAGUCGGCUUAAGAAUGCGAGUCUGGCAUUUGAGUAUGUCUCUGCAAUACAGACUCCUGGUUCUAUUGAGUACCCUGUUCUCCAGCCAGAGGUCACCGCUGUUUCCAUCUUGAUUUAG